CUAGUGGCUCCGCAUGCGAAGCACCGUUCAACCACAACAACAACAAUGAACAGCGCUGUCAUGGACGAUACAUCCUCAGACUCUGUGAGGAAGGAACCCAGAUCCGUGUAAACGGACCAGGAAAGAGAUCAAAACAGGGAUUAUCUCAUCGGCUGAAUGUUUUAGACUUUUCUACACAGCACCGUGUGUUCUCUGCAGCCAUCGCCCGGGAACUCUGCUGGUUUGUGACCAAGAUGUUAGAGACGUGAGGUAUUAUCUGCGCACAGACUCCAGGACUUAGACGGUGGAAAGGGCUGUGUGUAUCACCCGGUGACGCUGUUCUGAACACACACGUCUCGUCUUCACCAGCAAGCUGCUUUGUGUUGUGACGCAGCGCGGAUGAUGUCGCGGGUGCGAACAAGAUGGAGGGUGAUAAAGCGUCCCGUGCGUGUGGACCUCUGCUCCGUGUGAGCCUCACUCUGGAAUAACAUUACCUGACUCCGCUUAGACCAACUGGAUCCUUAACAACACUGCUUUCAAAAUAAGAGUGUUUCCUGGACUCUAUCGUCACUGGUUAGCUUCUGUGUGUUUUAGUUGAGGGGGGUGGCGCCAAACCAUCAGGCGUGAACAAAGUAAAACAUCAAACGAAAACCACGACGUGAUACUACAACAUGUCUGUCUCAAGGGAUGCAACAAGUUCUCCCGGCUCCUCCGGCCUCAGCAGCAGCAGGGGCGGCCCGAGUCUCACCGCGGGCAGAGGACUUCCGGUCACAGCUAUGAGUCCACCUGGAAGACUGACGUCCCUCAGAACCAGGGACUUGACACUGGGAGGAGCCUUCAAAAAACCCAAGAAGACCUUUGAGCCAAAUGUCAAUGCUGUCCGGAAAAACAAAGAUGAGUUAAAGGAGAAGAUAAAUGUAGUUCCAAAAAAGGAGAGGAAAGAGCGGAAUGAGAGGAAAGGAGUGAGGGAAAACAGGGGGAAGAGGAGAGAGAGGCCUCAGACCAUCCAGUCUCACUCCAUCUUUGAUCAGGGUUUUGCUGACACUGUAUGCAAAACAGGCUGGCGUGGUGCUACAGCUCCGCUUGACUCCACCACUUCUCCUGUGUGUAAGCUGGUGAAGAAAGAGAAAAAACCUUCAGAGGAGGAAGAAGAUGAGAUACUCAGCAAACUGCAGAGAGAUGAUUUCAUAGAUGAUCCGGAUCUGCGGAACGAUGCCAAUCUGAAACCCAUCCAGCUGCCUCUGUAUGAGUCCAGCAGCUUCAACACAACAUGUCCAGAGAACCCUCCUUUGUACAAACAUCCGGUCUGUGGAACUGAGGGUAGAGUCAGCCACAGCAGGACAGAGUUGCCCAAACAAGAGCAGCCUUCUCUGGUUGAGCUGCUGCAGGAUCUCAGGCUGUCUGGCAAAGAGGAGUUCUUCUUCAUGCAGUUACCUGACUGUAUGCCGGGCCAUACAUCUGAACAGAAGGCGGCACCCCCUGUGAGACCUACAGCAGAGAAAGGAGCCAGGAAGGAAGGCAGGCCUGUAGUAGACAAGAGGCCCACACAUCCACAAGCGCAACAGGCUUUGAGGAAGGAGGGCUGUCCUGUCCUGUCACAACUUCCAGAGGGAUUUCUGGGUAAGCUGCAGAUCAGGAAGUCAGGAAAGGUGGAGCUGAAGAUGGGUGACAUCGUCAUGGAUGUCUCUGAGGGAGCUGCUUUCUCCUUUCUGCAGCAGCUGGUAUCUGUUCAUCUGUCAGAUGGAAAGAACGGAGACAUGAUGGUAUUGGGAAAUGUUCACCAAAAACUAGUCCUAUCUCCUGACUUUCACAAUUUACUGAGCCAAGCUUCAACGCAGCAGCAGAAAGAACCCAGAUAAUGUUCUUCCCAGACUUAACAGAUCUGAAAGUCUUUACAUCAGUAAAUAUUCAUUCCUUGUAGGAUUCCUGGUCCACUAGUGAGGACAAUUGACAUUAGACAAGUCAUCGAACUCUCCUUACCUCUGCUUUGAGGAUUUAAAGGCAGCUACUUAAUUGGCCAGUUUUUAUUGUUAUCAUGUUAUUAUCUUGAGUCAGUCUUUUGACACUGUUGGAUGUACUGUUACCUAAGCACUGAUUCUAGAUGGGCAACUUGUCACUGAUAGGAGGGCACUCCGUCUCCUCUACACACCAGCACAGAGCUUCAGACUGCCUGAACACCAGCCACCAGCAAAAGGCAACAUCAACUCCAUGUAGCAGAUUUUUGGAUCAGAAGAAGUCAAAGGUCAUUCACCAAGGCUUCGUGGACAACCAGUGAAACAGCCAGUGGAAGUGGUUAUCAUUUUCCCUCGGACACAAAGACCUGUUACCAUGUGACUCAAGUGGUUAUAAUCAAUGAAACCACAGAGUGACUGUAUUGACUGUGGUUCUAGUUUCAUUUUGAUGGAUGAGUUCAGCUUUUGUUGCUGUGGCUUAUUCUAAUAAAUAGCCCUAAGCAGUAAGUUUGUACAGUAUGUAAAGUUGGCUCCAUGUCUUUUUUCUCUGAUGAUAAUACUGUGACUUUAAUGUUCCAGGCCUGUCCUUUCAGGGGCUCUGACACACUUGCAUUAAAUAACCUCUUAAAAGUCAUUUUAUUGACUGCCAAUACAGAUCAUUUUUUGUCUAUAGAUUUUUGACAUGUAUGUUUUGCUGUUCGGUCAUUUAUUGUUUGUUACAUGUUAUGUUUUUUCUACAUUGGUUUUGAGAAAAGCUUUGCAAAUAAAAGUUUUCAUUCAAAUUAAAAAGUCACUAGAAUUAAU